AUGAGUCAGAAGACGGAGCGUCGAGGCAUUCACGUGGACCAGUCGGAGCUGCUGUGCAAAAAGGGAUGCGGUUACUACGGCAACGGUGCCUGGCAAGGCCUGUGCUCCAAAUGUUGGCGUGAGGAGUACCAACGGGUGCGCCAGAAGCAGAUCCAGGAUGACUGGGCCUUGGCUGAAAAGUUGCAGCGAGAGGAGGAGGCGGCCGCGUACGCCAGCAGCCACGGCGCGCCUGUCACGGCCCAGUCCACGCCUCCUUCGCACCCGUCCCAGUCCUCGCUGGGACCCUUUUCCAAGUUUGAGGAGAAGAAAACCAACGAGAAGACCCGCAAAGUCACCACCGUCAAGAAGUUUUUCAGCCCCUCGUCACGCAGCGCUUCCAAGAAAGACUCUCCGGAGGUGAAGACCACCAGCCCGUCCACGAGUCGCCAUGCCAGCUUCGACUCUGACCAGGUGUCGAAGGACUUCAUGGAGUUCUUGAAGAACCUGCAACGACCUGGACGGGAAAUCCACAAGCAGUGUCGCAGCUUUUUGAUCAACGUGUCCAGUAAGAAGGACCUGAGUGCUGAAGAAGUUUCGGAGUGUGUUCAGGACUUCUACCAGAACCUGGCCGACCGCUUGAUGAGUCACUUUAAAGGUUCCUCCGAGGCUGUGGAGCAGGUGAUGGACCAGGUGGAGAAGUACAUCAUGACCCGUUUGUACAAAAGCGUCUUCUGCCCGGAAACCACCGACGACGAGAAGAAAGACUUAGCCAUGCAGAACAGGAUAAGAGCUCUCCACUGGGUCAACAUCCACAUGCUUUGCGCGCCCAUGGACGAAGAGGUUCCGGAAGCCUCAGAGAACGUGGUCAAGGCCAUCACCGACAUCAUCGAGAUGGACUCCAAGAAGGUACCACGGGACAAGCUGGCAUGUGUGACGCGCUGCAGCAAGCACAUCUUCGCCGCCAUCGCCGGCACCAAAAGCGAGCCGGCAUCGGCCGACGACUUCCUGCCGGCGCUCAUCUACGUGGUCCUGAAGGCCAACCCGCCCCGACUGCAGUCCAACAUCCAGUACAUCACGCGCUUCUGCAAUCCCAGCAGGCUGAUGACCGGCGAGGACGGAUACUACUUCACUAACCUGUGCUGUGCGGCGGCCUUCAUUGAGAAACUGGACGCUCAAUCUCUCAACCUGACCCAGGAGGAGUUCGAGUCCUACAUGUCGGGCCAGGCUUCUCCUCACUCCGAGCAGAACCGCCCCGUAGCCCCCCUGGACUCAGACCCCGUGGCGCCCGAAGGCGCUCUAGCCCACCUUCGGCGUAACUUGGACCUCCUGUCGGAGUUGGGCGCCCGUCAGGAGGCACUGAUGGAGGCAGCCCGCGUGUUUCACGCCGAGCUGCUGGCCUGGCCCGACAGCGUGGGGCAAGAGGUGCGGGACACACUGGAGAAACACCCGCUCAAAGUUAGCCGACCCGCCGCCACUGCCAAUCCGCUCCCCGAGCUGCCGGCGCCACAGGUGUUUGCUGGGUAA